AUGGCUGACAAAAAUGAAUUUAUUCCCUGUAUCGAUGAAAAAACUGCUGUUAACUUAGAGAACAGAUUAAGAAUGUGUUUAGAUUUUGUUUCUCCCUUUAGAUGGCUGAUAGAAGCUUACGUCUCUGAUUUUUUUGUGAAUAAUUUGUGGGAUAAGCUUCUGCCAUGUUGGAGAAGAAAGUUAGAAAUGAUGUCACCUCCCCAACAAUCUGUUCUGUUAGAUAGCGCAGCCUUCACUGAGAAUAAAGAUUUACAGUUGAGUUGUUUUUUGAUAGUAAAAACAUUGCUACCGUUAUCAAUGCUGGCCUAUAUUAAAUGUAUUGACAGUCUUUCACUCAACAGACAAUGUGUAGAUUUAGACGAGUCAGAAACAGUUCAAGAAAUCACUUCAAUGCUUGUGGACUGGAAUAGUUCACAAAUGCAAGAACAGAUACUUUUAGAAACAAAGGGCAAGUUUGAAGGGAAAUAUACACAAGGUAACAAAGAAAGGUGUGACACACUGACAGCAAAUACUGACAGAUCUGAUAGCAAGAAAAGAAAACUUUCUCCAAGUUCAAUGAUAAAUGGUCAAGAUUUCUCUCUGCGUAAUGUUUUUAGAAAACAUGUGAAACCAAAGAAACAACAUGAAAUUGGAAGAUUAGCUAAGGGAGUAAGUAUAGUAAGUGAAGUUAGUCAGUGUAAGAAUAUAGUAGAUGUUGGAGCAGGGUUAGGACAUCUAUCUAGAAUAUUAGCUUUUAAUCAGGGUUUAACAGUCACGACAGUAGAAGCUGCUGGUACUCACGCACCUAAAGCAUUUAAAUAUGAUAGGGAAAUGGAAAAGGAUAUAAGUAAAGCUUUAAAAAGAUUACCAAAGGGAGAGACUGAAUCGGGUUCGGUUGAAGUGAAAAGUUUUGAUCAAGUUUUACCAAGUCAUGUUGUAUGUAGGAUAUCACCUGAUAUCACUCCCCAGCACUUUCUUCAACUUCUACAGCAGAAAUAUACAGAACCACACUGCCAAAUCUCUACUGACAAUAAACAUAGCCUUGAGGAAAACACUUCCAGUGAUCGUGCCUUAAAAGACUCAGAAUUUGAAAGUGAAAAAGAUGACCUUUCUUAUAAUUACCCUAGUCAACCUUCAGCUGGUGAUUUCAAAACAGAAACAUGUGUGUCUGAUAAAGAAAAUCGAAAAGAGUGUGUGGAAUUGGCGGAUACAGACAAUGACCAAAGUGAACUAUCGACUGGUGAUUUUAGAACAGCAAUAUGUGUGUCUGAUGAAGAGAAAGAGUGUUCAGGGCUAGUAGAAGAUAAAAAGUUAAUAUUAUGUGGUCUCCAUGCUUGUGGUGAUUUAACCUCGACAUUAUUAAGAAUGUUUGUAUCAUGUGAUAAUAUAGUAGGUGUAGCAUCUGUUGGCUGUUGUUAUAUGAAAUUAUCUUGCAGGUAA